AUGAGCAAAGCAGCGCCACGACCGGGGGAUAUCUAUUCGCCGACGUUGAGAUUUAUACAGUCGGCCAAAAUGAGGCCCAAGACCGGCCGACUACAAUCUCUCAUCGACAGACGGUCGACCAAGAAAGUCAGGUUCGCUCAGAUAGACGCGGCGGCAACGACGCCGCAAAAGCACCAUGUCCUAUCCCAAGCCGCCAGGCUCGAGGGCGAGCGACGCACGUCCAAAUACUCUCCGAUCGUGGUUCGCGAUGCGUGCCAGUGCGAACAAUGCGUCGACCCGUCCGACAGACAACGCAACUUUUCGUAUUCCGACAUCCCCCGCACCAUCGGGUUCGACCAGGUCUCUUACGACGAAGAGGCCAAAGAAGUCCGAAUCAGCUGGUCCAACGACAUCCCGACGUCGGCCAAAGCGGCACCACACCAGAGCGUCUUCAGCAGGGACGUCAUUUCGAGGCUGAACCGGAAGUUCCGCAAUCCGCACUGGGACCUGUACCAGCGGCCGUUGAAGCUAUGGGGCCGCGACACGUUCAAGCAAGGCACGUCCCGCGUCGACUUCAACGACUACAUGAACAACGAAGCCUCGUUCGCGGAGGCCGUGCACCUCCUAUGGCGCGACGGGCUCCUGUUCAUCGACGGCGUGCCCGAGUCCGAAGCGUCGGUCUCGCAGAUCGUCAACCGGAUCGGACCCUUGCAGCAGACCUUCUACGGCCCGACGUGGGAUGUGCGAUCUGUGCCCAACGCGAAGAACGUCGCCUACACGUCCAAGUACCUCGGCUUCCACAUGGACCUGCUGUACAUGCGCGACCCUCCGGGGUUCCAGUUCCUCCACUGCGUCCACAACAGCGCGGCGGGCGGCGAGUCGCGCUUCGCCGACACGUUCCAGGCGCUCGACCAGGUCUUCCAGAAGCACCCCAUGUACUACGCCGUGCUGCGCGACGGCCUCGUGCGCUACGAGUACGACAACGACGGCUUCUUCUACUCGGACGCCAAGCCGACCGUCCAGCUGAACGACGCGCUCAACGUGCCCCCGCGGCCCGUGCUCAACUCGACGAGCACCGAGAUCAGCAACAUCGCCCACUGCUUCUGGUCGCCGCCGUUCGUGGGCAGCGUCCCCUCGCGCCUGCCUCCGGACGAGCUGGUCAAGUUCGUCAGCGCGAGCAAGGUGUUUUCCCAGCACCUCGAGAUGCCCGAGAACGUCGUCGAGGAGAAGAUGGACAGCGGCACCUGUGUCAUCUUCGACAACCUGCGCAUCGUGCAUGCUCGGAACGCCUUCGACAAGAACUCGGGCAAGAGGUGGUUGAGAGGCGCGUACCUCAACCGUCAGGACUUUGUGAGCAAAGCUGCCUCGGUCAUGGCCGAUAUGCCCGAGGUCGAUAUUUCUCCAGACCCCAUUGAUGGACCGACGGACUGA